AUGUCAUACCCUCAGAUGACCCCGGUGCGGCCGGUUCCAGGCGCCUUCUUCAAUACGCCCGCAGCUUCGCGCUUUGCCAGCGACAACGAGCCCACCAGACGACGUCUGUUUACGGAGGGCGAGACAACCCAAGGAAACUCAACGACGGCAAGCAGCGGCGCUUUGGUCGGUGCAUCGAGCUUGGCCCCCGCGACAAUCUCAUCGACGAGCACAGGCGGUGGACUAGUGUCUGCUUCUUCGACACAACCCCCUCAACAGAACCUCCCGCCUGUCACGAGAGCAGCCCAAGCGGUCAAUCAAUUCCUCCAGUCCGACGAGAACUACCCCGAGCUAGACUCAUACUGCAGACGAGCGUCGUCCGAAUAUGACUUUAACACGCUCGACUCGCCCUGGGCGCCCUUUCACAAGACCCAGAUGUAUCCGAUUCCGAAUCAGGUCUUCAGCCACUACAAUACUGGCCAGCUCCAGACUCUGAUGGGCUUAUUCGCCGAAAUUAACCACGCUUGGGUGGUGAUUGACAACUCGCUCUUCCUCUGGGACUAUACCCACCCUGACCCCGAGCUCAUCGGUUUCGAGGACCAACCGCAUACGAUUCACGCCGUUGCUCUUGUUGCUCCCAAGCCCGGAAUCUUCGUCAACACCAUCACGCACAUUCUGGUUGUUGCAACAUCGUCUGAGAUGAUCUUGCUUGGUCUAUCUGCCGAGCCCACCCCGUCAGGAACGAAGACUGUCUCGUUGUACAGCACCAAGUUAAACCUCCCCCUCCGAGGUACUGAUGUAAGAGUUAUUGCUGGCACUGCCGACGGCCGUAUCUUCUUUGGAGGUAGCAACGACACCGAUAUCCACGAACUUUACUACCAGCAAGAGGAGAAGUGGUUCUCAAACAGGUGCGGCAAGAUCAACCACACCAACCCCGGAUGGUCGUCGGUAGUCACCCUUCAGAGCGGUUUUUGGGCGCACAAGUCUCCGGAAGGCCUACAGAGCAUCGUGAUUGACGACUCACGGAAACUGGUCUACACCCUGUCGACACGAUCUACGAUUCGCACCUACCAUAUGGAUGGGCCUAACAAGCUCACCAAGGUUAUCGAAAAGGAAAGGAACGCCUGUCUCCGCGACAUCACUCACAUGAUUACACAGUCUCCUUUGCUCAACGACCGGACGACCUUCGUUUCUAUCAGUGCCAUUCCCUCUCGGGAAGCAUCGAAGCUCCAUCUCAUGGCACUUACCAAUACCGGUUGUCGACUUUUCCUCAGUGCAACAAGCUCCGCCUCGUACAUGAUCGGUGGCGUUUCUUCUAACACACCUCCUCAGAGCAUGCAAGUCCAGUUUAUCAAGUUUCCCCCUUCAGACAAGCCCGGACGUUCCGGCACCAACAGCGCUGGUGAUGUCGUUAUUGAUCUGGGCUCGAGAGCAUUGGAGUUGAGCAGAAUGGGAGCUAGGUUUGCGCCGGGCUACUUCUUGGACUUCGUUGUUAAGGAGAACGAUCCCAACAUUGACCUCCUCUUUGUGUCCGCACCCGAGACCGGCCGUAUCAAGGCAAACUCGUCCUCGUCAGCGCUUAAGUACUACGAGCACGGCAACUGGAUUGAUAUUGGAAGUAGAGCUGAAGAUGUUGGUUUGGUGACUAAACCAUUUGCUGCCGCUAAGCAACCCAUCGGCUUCGGAAACGAGCUCGCGGUCCAAUUCGACGAGCCCAGCACCGAGUUUGCCGUGCUCACCAACACCGGCGUUCACAUCAUCCGCCGCCGCCGACUGGUAGACACUUUUGCUGCUGCCAUACGAGGAGCUGUCGGCGACGAAGGCUUGGAGAUGGAGACUAGAAAGUUCAUAUCCCGCUACGGCCGCGUCGAGACCAUCUCUUGCGCCCUUGCAGUUGCCUGCGGACAUGGUGGGGAUGCCAGACCUGGCGCGACGCGCGCAAUCGACCAGGCAACAGAAGACCGCGCUCGGACCGUGUUUGUCGAUUUUGGCGGACAACCAACCAUCACUGAGGCCGACGGCACGCCUCUCAACGCAACCUCUGUUCGCCUAUCUCCUAGACAUGACGCGCUCUGUGUGUACCUUACCCGUCUCAUUCGUACACUAUGGAAGAACCAUGUCGUUGCUGCUGCGGCAAAUCCCGCUGGUGGCAUCGCAAUUCAGUCGAUGGUCCCUGUUGCCAGACUGCACUCUAUCCAGGAACAGUUGGAACGCCUCCGCAGGUUCCUUGACGCAAACAAGGGUUUUAUUCAAGGUCUUUCUGGUCCGUCUGACCUUCAGAGAGUGGCCAGCAAGCAGGAGGAGGUUGCUCUACAGGCAGAGCAUCAGGCGCUGCACGCGUUGCAGAAACUGAUGGAGAGCAUUUCGGAGGGUAUUUCUUUCGUCUUGAUGCUUUUCGAUGAGCGUGUAAGUGACAUCUUCACAAGACUCGACGCGACAGCUCAACAAGAGUUGAGGAACCUUACAUACGAGGGUCUGUUCUCUCAAGCUCCCGGAAAGGACUUGGCUAAGCUUCUUGUCAAAUCCAUUGUCAAUCGCAACAUCGAGAGUGGCUCCAACGUCGAGACCGUGGCGGACGCUCUGCGCAGACGAUGCGGCAGCUUCUGUAGCCCUGACGAUGUUGUCAUCUUCAAGGCACAAGAGCAGCUGAAGAGAGCUUCCGAGCAGCCGCUCAACAGUAACCCUUCUCGCACACUUUUACAUGAAAGCUUGAGACUUUUUGAGCGUGUUGCUGGCGCUCUCUCCUUUUCCAACCUUCACAACGCCGUAUCUCAGUACAUUGAGCUCAAGUACUACGCCGGUGCUAUUCAACUUUGCUUGACCGUUGCCCGCGAGAAGGACAGAGGGAAUAGUGCCCUUUCAUGGGUUCACGAUGGCAAGCCUGGUAAUGAUCCUCGCGCGAACGCCUUCUCCGAACGCCGGAAAUGCUAUGAACUCAUACACGAAGCUCUGCAGCACUUGGAUGCCGCAUCAAGCAGGGAGCCUGAAACCAUCGACGGCCGCCUGACGCUAAUUGGCACCAAGCGCCUCGAAGCCUAUAGUGUGGUGAACGACUCGGAUGAUGAGGUCUUCCACUUUGAUCUCUACGAGUGGUACAUCGAGCAGGGAUGGACCGACAGAAUCCUCGCCAUCGAAUCACCACACGUCAUCACAUAUCUCCAGAGCCUUGCCAGAACCAACGUCGAACACGCGGACCUUCUCUGCAGAUUCUACACGCAACGUGAACGGUACUUCGAGGCCGCUCAGGUUCAGAACGACCUUGCGCAAUCCGACUUCGAUAUCGGCAUCAAGGACAGAAUCACUCUCCUUAGCAAGGCGAAGGCCAAUGCCAAUGUUGCCACCGCUGGUGUCGGUAGACAACAACAGCAAGUCCUUGCUCACGAAGUCAGUGAACUUCUCGAUAUUGCCAACAUCCAGGACGACUUGUUAGAGAGGCUUAAGGCCGACAGCCGCAUCGCUCCCGAACGGAAGGCGGAGAUUGAGGAGGCGCUUGAUGGUCAGGUGAUAUCGUUAUCAGACCUGUUCAACCAAUACGCAGAUCAAGCGAACUACUAUGAUCUGUGCCUCCUCAUCUACCACAGUGCUGACUACCGUAACCCGACUACUAUCGCUCAGACCUGGAUCAGCCUUAUCGAACAGAUCCACGAGGAAGCGGUUGAGCGGAUGGAGGAAGCUGGACCUGGCAUUCCUGUCCUUCCCUCACCCUAUGAAUCUGUGUCUGUCAAGGUCCAGAACAUUGCCCACCGGACGUCAUUGGACAGUUUCAUCUUUCCCGUACCCGUCCUCCUUCCCGAAAUCUGUCGUUACGCCGUUGAAUACCACCAGGAUGCCGAGAUUGGCGCCGACCCUACCUGGCCCGUGCAACUGUUCUUGAGCCUUGGCGUCUCUCACGACAUGGUCACUCGCGUUCUUGAAAGUGUGUUUGACACCCAAGAUUAUGGCUUCAGCGGUAACAAUCGCAACCGCAUCAUCGAGCUCAUCGUGUUUGCUGUAGACGUCUGGCAGCGCGAAGUGAAGCGCCGGGGUGGUGCUUCCAUGAAGGGAGACGGUGCCAUCGGUGCCUGGGUCAAGGACUUGCUAAGCAGAUGCGAGAACUCGCUUCCGCCUGCUGGUCACGGUUCGAACCCUGGUGGCAUGGACUUGGCGGAGGUACGGAGACGUCUACGGACGGUUCGAAGAGACGUGGAUGGCCUCGUUGAGAGGGGCCCUUCUGGAAGCUUGCGCUUCAUGUAA